AUGAUCAAGAUGAGACUCCUUUUCGUGCUUGUAUCGGUCGCAAGUCUUCUCUCAGAGACCCGAGCGCUUCCAGUGGGCAAAGAGGGCCAGCGGGAGGACGUGGUUACGCGCUGCCUGGUGGAAGUCUUGUCCAAAGCGCUCUCCAAACCCGACGCGAAGCUCGACCAAGAGUGUAAAGACAUCAUUUAUGCAGGAGUCAAAAAUGCUCCGAGCGUGGAGAAGAAGAGCAGUGAUGUGCUUCUGGCAGGGCAGGCCGAAGUUCCCGGGACCAACGGAGCCGACGUUACAGACAUUGGAACUCUGCUGAAGACUGUGGGGGAGACGCGCGAGACUCCUGAAGACGAGCGCAGUCAGGAAUCAUGGGGUUUGGGAGACGAAGGAGCGGAAAGGGAGAAGAGGAGUGGAUGGAAACCAGGGAGAUUUCACCAGAGGAAGCACAAGCGAGAUGAAGAGGGGGCAGAGCCGGAUUUCGACCGCAGUCAGGAGAGCUGGGGACUGGACAAGAGAGGAGAGGAGGAGGAAGAUUAUGAAGAAGAAGUGGACAAGAGAGCCAGCUGGAGGCCCAGGUACCAAAUGAGGAAACACAAACGCGACGAGGAACGACUGGGACUUUCCGAGUGGGACGACGAGCGCAGCCAGGAGGCGUGGGACGUGGACAAGCGCAUCUGGAAGCCCACCCACCGCUACCACCACAAGAAGAAACUGCGCUCCAAACGGGGAGACGAAGACGAGGAAGAGGAUGGAGAGAGGAGCCAAGAGUCGUGGGGUUUGGAUGACGAGCGCGACAAAAGGAGCAGCUGGAAAUCCGGGAGGUUUCACCAAAGACGACAGAGGAGGGACGAGGAGGUGUCCGAAGAGGCCAGGGAAGAGCCGGACGAUGAGCGGAGCCAGGAAUACUGGGAUUUGGACCCAAGAGAGAAGAGGGACUGGAGAGCUGGGAGGCCCCACCAGAGGAGACACAAACGUGAUGAGGAAUUCACUGAACCAGACAACUACCGGAGUCAGGAAUACUGGGACUUCGACAUGGACAAGAGGGACUGGAGAUCCGGCCGCCACCACCAGAGAAGACACAAGCGUGGGGAGGAAGACGAAGGUGAACGCAGUCAAGAAUCCUGGGGUCUGGACAAGAGAGACGAGGAGAUAAACGAAGACGAAGUGGACGAGAUGGAAAAGAGGAUCUGGAAGCCCACGCACCGUUACCACCACAAAAAGAGACUUCACAGGCGUGAUGGAUCGUCUGAGGAAGAGGAGGCCAGUGAUGAUGAAGCCGCAGGAGACAAAAAUGAGGUUUUGAGAUAUUUGUUAGACAAGCGUAACCCCUGGAUGUACCGAACCUCCAAACCCAAGAGAAGCUCAGAUGCUGCAGCUUCUGACAAGGAACAGCAGCUGCAAAAUCUUGCAGCGAUGGACAUGGAGUUGCAGAAGAUUGCUGGAAAGUUGCAUGAGAACGCUGCAUAG